AUGUCUCCCCGCUCCGUGAUUCCCAUCAACCAGAAUUGGGAGUUCAGACAAGCCGACAAGGAACACAGCAAGUUCCUCCCUGUCGCCCAGUUUCCUACCAAUGUCCACCUCGACCUCCUCCACCACGGCCUGAUUCCCGACCCCUUUAUCGGCAAGAACGAGCUCGACGUUCAGUGGAUUGGCGAGGCCCAAUGGACAUACAAGACCAACUUCAAGGGGUCCGGCGUCCCCGAGAAUGGCAAGGCCGUUCUGGCCUUUGACGGCCUUGACACCUUUGCCACUGUCAAGCUCAACGGCAGCACUAUCCUUGAGACGGACAACAUGUUCAUUCCCGAGCGUGUUGACGUCACCUCUUUGCUGAAGGAGGACGACAACGAGCUUGUCAUUGACUUUGAUAGUGCGUACCUUAGAGGGUGGAAGCUGGUUGAGAAGUACCCUGAUCACAAGUGGGGGUGCUGGAACGGUGAUAAUUCGAGAUUGGCUGUGAGGAAAGCGCAGUAUCACUGGGGAUGGGAUUGGGGCCCGACUCUCCUUACCUGCGGUCCUUGGAGGCCGAUCAACCUCGAGAUCUUCGAGAGCAGACUAGCGGAUCUAAAUGUUGAGUCGACCGUUCCGGAGGACCUCAAGUCUGCCGAUAUCAAUGUUACCGCAGAGGUUGAGGGCAAGGCAGACAAGGUGCGGUUCGAUAUUUCUCUUGACGGCAAGCAAGUUGCCUUGGAAACUGUCCAAGUCAGUUCCGGCAAGGCCACGGCCUCUUUCAACCUCGAGAAUCCUUCGCUCUGGUACCCCAUUCGAUACGGCAAGCAGCCUCUUUACCAAGUCAACGCUACUCUCAUCGCCGGUGACAGCGAGGAAGACUCGAUGGAGAAGAGAAUCGGCUUGCGCCGGGCCGAGCUUAUUCAGCGCCCACUCAAAGACCAGCCCGGCAAGAGUUUCUUCUUCCAAGUCAACAACAUUCCCCUCUACUGCGGCGGCAGCGACUGGAUUCCUGCCGACAACUUCAUCCCGCGGAUCAGCAAGGAGAGAUACUACGACUGGGUCAAGCUCGUGGCCGACGGCAACCAGUUCAUGAUCCGUGUCUGGGGCGGCGGCAUCUACGAAGAGCAAGCCUUCUACGACGCCUGCGACGAGCUCGGCGUUCUCGUCUGGCAAGACUUCAUGUUCGGGUGCGGCAACUACCCGGCCUGGCCCGAACUGCUCGAGUCCAUCCAGCGCGAAGCCUACGAGAACGUCAAGCUCCUGCGCCACCACCCUUCCAUCGUCAUCUGGGCCGGCAACAACGAAGACUACCAGUACCAGGAAAGCGUCAGUCUGACGUACAAGUACGAGGACAAGAACGCCGACAACUGGCUCAAGACUGAUUUCCCCGCCCGCUACAUCUACGAGAAGAUCCUGCCCGACGUCUGCUCCGAGCUUAUCCCAUCUACUUACUACCACCCCGGCUCGCCCUGGGGCGAUGGCGUCGACACACACGAUCCCACGGUCGGCGACAUCCACCAGUGGAACGUGUGGCACGGCACGCAAGAAAAAUGGCAGAACUUCGACAAGCUCGGCGGCCGCUUCGUUUCCGAAUUCGGCAUGCAAGCUUUCCCCAACGUCAAGACCAUCGACGCCUACCUUCCCCAGGGCAAGAACGACCCGGACCGGUACCCGCAGUCGUCCACCGUAGACUUCCACAACAAAGCCGACGGACACGAGCGACGCAUCGCGCUGUACCUGGUGGAAAACAUGCGCUACGGCCCCGACCCGCUAGAGCAGUUCGUCUACGCCACGCAGCUCAUGCAGGGCGAGUGUCUGGCCUCUGCCUACCGGCUCUGGAAGCGCCAGUGGAAGGGCCCCGGAAGGGAGUACUGCGGCGGUGCUUUAGUGUGGCAGAUCAACGAUUGCUGGCCGGUGACCUCCUGGAGUAUUGCCGAUUAUUAUCUCCGGCCCAAGAUGGCUUACUUUACCGUUAAAAGAGAGAUGGCGCCCGUGAGCAUCGGUAUCACGCGGACGGAACACCGCCACCCCAAAGACAGAUACACCCGCGUCAACGUGGACGUGAGCACCAAGGUCGAGGUGUGGGGCAGCAACUUGACGCUCGAGGAUCUCGAGGUGGAUUGUCUCGUCAAGGCGUGGGACGUCGAGACAGGCGAGCAGACGUUCAACGAGAUCGUUGCCAGCAAGAUCACGCUGCCGGAGAACCGAUCGACGGAGAUUGAUGCCCGAGAGGUGCCCGUUAUUGCUGGCGUGCCCAAAGAGGACCAGCAGAAGCGCACGGUCGUGGCGGCGUAUCUGAUUCGAAGUGAUAACGGAAAGCAGAUUGCGAGGUACGUGAACUGGCCUGAGCCGCUCAAGUAUCUGCAUCUACAUAAGCCGAAGGAGCUCAAGGUGGUGCUGUCGGAGGAUGGCAACGCGGUGGAGAUCAGCGCCGAGGUGCCGAUCAAGGGUCUGGUGGUGGAGACUCCGGAGGAUGAUGAGGUGGUGUUUGAGGAUAACUUGGUGGAUAUUGUGCCGAAUGAGGUGGUGAGGAUUGGAGUCAAGGGGGCGACCAAGGAGACAAAGCUCGAGGCUAGAUAUUUGGGAAUGUUGUAG